UUUAUGUCAGUAACGGAAUACAGUUGGAAUUUCCAGUUACUCGCAAGCACAUCCAAUAAUAAAUUAUAUAUACUUUUCUAAGCGAAUUUAUUUUAACUCGGUCGUCACUCAUUACUGCGACUUUUAUAAUUUGAAAUAAAAUGGUUGGUACUGAUAUACAAUAUUACACGCUUGAAGAAAUCGCCAAGCACGAUGGAGAGCAAGAUACAAGGGUAUGGAUAAUAAUAAGAGACAUUGUGUAUGAUGUCACAGAAUUUUUAGAACAACACCCAGGUGGUCCCGAAAUAAUACAAACAGUAGCAGGGAAAGAUGCAACGAUAGAAUUUGAAGACGUACGGCAUUCGUUCUUAGCUAGAAGACAAAUGAAAAAAUGGAAAAUUGGAGAAGUUGUUGCAGAAGAAAGAAAGUAUAAAGACGAAGAAAACCAAAGAAGUUGUAUUAUAAUAUGAUAUUUAGAAUAGCUUGAAUCUCAACCGUAUUCUAGUUUAAAAGACUGACUUAUAUCUUUCACAAGAAUUGCCUUUUUAUUGUGAUUAAAUAGUUAUUUAUAUUGUUUAUGGAUCGUGUAAAAUAAUUACAUAUUAUAAGAGUAAGUAUAUUAUUACAAGUUUUAUUUGAUAAAUUGUAAAGUAAAGUUUAAUAAUUAUUUUUGUAUUAAAGUGUAAUAAUAAUCUGA